UGCUUCAGAUCUCCCUUCUCCUCUUUGAGAUUGCUCUCGCGGCCCACAUGUGGUACGAGCGGCCCAGCAUCGCUUGGGUGAUCAUUGCCAUAAUGGUCUCUGGAUUUCUGUUCUAUUCGCUGACAGCUGUGGCAUGUUCGAUAACUUCUUAUUGUCCAUUUCAGACGCCAGCGUCGACGGCGUUGCAAAUGUUGGGCAUCGACAAAGUUUUAUCACCGAUCUUCGAAUCGUCCUCCAGGUAUUUCCGUCAGCUCAAGAAGUCAGCGUACGCUGUGCUGCAACGAGGGCUUGGUACCCUCAGACCGGGAUGGAACCAAUUGUCUAAACCAUUGAGAAGCGCUGUGUGUGCUGCUAGCGAAUUCGCACGACGCUCUCUUAAGUCGUUAUCCACAGCGCUUCAGAAAGGGCUGCGUUAUUUGGCUUCGCGCUCUUCGACAAAUGCUGGAGACCUAGAGUCACAACAGGAUCCGGAUGCUUUGGUGAAGAGUACCAGCGACGUCGAAACACGCAGCAUCAAGUGGCUGCUGGAAAUAUCUACGGAUCCUGAAAUAUAUAUCGCGGCUGCCUGCUUUAUUCCGCAGGUCAAAUGGCCCCUAGAUCUUGACGUCCCAGACAUACCGCAACACGUGUCUGAUAUUUUCACAGGCUGCAUCGGCUUUGAUGGGCAAAUUUUACCGUCGUUGAAGGAGAGAGCCUCUGCAUGUGCAAUGAUCCUAAGUCAUCUAUACUACGGACGUGUUCUCGAGGCAUAUCCUGGCCACAGUAAUUUCUUUGGCCGUGAGAGACAAAAUGGCAAUGUAUUAUCUGAAAGUGUAUCCUUCUUUAUUCCAGACACCGGUUCCAUUCCUGCCCUUGAGCCGCUAUUACGUGUUCUUCCUUAUCACUUUGUCACUGGGCGAGUGGAAGAAUAUGUAGAAAAAUUCGCCAUAGCAGUAAUAUCCAAACUGCUAUCCUCUCCAUCCUCUCCGUCGAAUCAAACCAUAGCCGACUGCAUCUUUCUCGCUUGCGUCAUGGUGGGGGUUCAGUUUGACAAGAAGGACAUAAUUCUGACUGAUAAAAGUGCUGUCUUGCCUCAAGUCACGCAGUCCCUUUUGGCGCAGUUCCAAAGGGUUCUCUGUGCAUGGGAUGGAGGCGAUCUCGACAAAGACAGCACAGGAAUCACACGCCGAGCAUGGGGCCUCCUUGACAUUAUCUGUCGCAUGCUUGAGCUUGCUCAAAGUCACUAUAACCGUUCAUUCAAUACCAUGCGAAACCUGGACGUGUGUAGGAAGAUUUAUUCACGAGCGAACUCAUACAAGCAAAAUGAUCCGGCAGCUCUGCAAAAUGAUCUGGCAGCUCUGCAAAAUGCAUUGCACUUCACGUUCACCGCUGCUAAAGUUUCUCGGGACCCUGACUACUUGUGGAAUCAGCGGUAUUUAAAUUCAGAGACAGACGAUUCCCACUCGCCAGGAGAAUUCGACUGGCUGGUGGACUACUUCGAGGGCAUCUAUUACGACCAGGAAGUGGGAUUUGACAUCCUUUUGGUCCUUGGUUCCAUGAAAGUGCGCUUCAGCCCUGCUCAACAACAUCGAUUCAUCGAGACCCUCGUCGCCUGCAUGGGCAGUAACAAGCCUGUUCAUUUUCGUUAUGCCGCCCUCCGCGCUGCUCACACUGUCCGAGAAGAAAUCGCCUCGAUCAAUGACAUGGAUGCGGGGCUGCGGGACAUGGUUUUGACCAAAUUAUCCCCCGCUAUCCUGACUACAGUUUGCCCGCGACCAGGUACAACACUCGCCGAUGAUCCUCACUACUUCUUCGAUUUUGACCGCGAUUUGUGCUAUCUCGAACUGAUAUAUGCCCUUGCGAAGGAUUCCAACUGGCACCCCCAUUUGCUUGGGGAUCACCAUAUAGAUUGGUGCAACAGCAUGAUUGAAGAGUACCGCAUGCACCCACCACAUGCCUUUUACCUAGCUGGCAUCCUCAUUCAAAUCGCACCUGAACAGUCGUCGGUUACAUCGUUCGAUGCUAUGACAGAGCAGCAGUGGUGGGACAUAAUGUGGGGCGCAUGGUAUCAUGCCGAGUUUGUAAUCGACGAUACACACCUUUUGGAGUUCCUUUCCGUCCUUGCGGAAGGCAUGAAGAGGUAUAUACAGAUUGCUUCGGAAGAUAGUCUCAGGGAGCUCGUUAGAUAUAUGGAUGAGAUUCUCGAAGCACUGGAGGAGCGAUAUUCAGAGCAGGGAGAGGGUGUGGGUGUCAUCGAUGCUGUGAAAGAAUUGAGGACUGUAGCCAGUGAUAAGCUUGUCUGGUAAGCAUUGAAUAUUUUUUUUGUAUAGUAUAUGUAUACAAUAUACCAUUGAUAAAACCAAUUGC